CGUUAUCUACUCACUGCAAGAUAACAACUGGCACUAUAAAGGGAAAAUUUUCAUUGAGAACCAUCGAACUAUCUGAUGUAACCAUGAAAACUAUUAUCUUCGUGUUAACUUUGGUCAGUUUAACUCUUGCAGCUCCAGAGGCUCGCAGAUCACCUCUUCGUCGAAACCUCAAACGAACCAAUCCAUCACCAAGAGUAAUAGGAGGAACCAUUGCAGAACCUCAUUCCAUACCAUACCAAGUUUUUCUUGAAUUUUACACAGAAACAUUCGGAAAGUACUGUGGUGGUUCCCUCAUUUCACCAAACUAUGUAAUAACAUGUGCAUCGUGCGCCAAUGGUACCCUCGAGGUAUUGGUAACUCUCGGUGCUUACAACAUCUUCAUCACAGAACCCACUCAAAUCAACGUCUACAGCACAGAUAUUAUAGUUCAUGAUCAUUUUGGCGAAGAUUACGGCUGGGAUAACGACAUUGCUCUUGUUAAACUACCGAAAGCUGUUGAGUAUAAUGAUGUUAUUCAGCCAGUUGCACUACCAAAACGAGCUGAUAUUGAUACAGUGUAUACGGGGGUGGUGGGACGAAUUGCUGGAUGGGGUUCAGAUGAUGGUUUUGACUACCACAUAUUCGACCUUUUGCGAUAUAUUGAUACUUCAGUUAUAAGUAAUCGGAAUGAAGAUUGUCGGGUAUAUCUACCCCCACAAGGCAUGUUUUGCACUUCUGGAGAGUAUAAUGAUACGUAUGUAGGUCCUUGUAAUGGAGAUGAAGGCAGUGGUUUCGUGUCGGAUGGGGUUCUUAUUGGAAUAAAUUCCUUUAACUUUUAUUGUUUAGACGAUUUCCCUGGAUUUCACACCAGGGUUGCCAGUUUCCUGGAUUGGAUCGCUGAUAACAGUGAUGUUAUAAUAGAAUAA